AUGUCUGGCUAUAACAGAGCUUACGAUAGAGUACCUCACCAGGAGCGAGGAGAUGGACACGAAGGACAGUACGAGAUGGACCGCCGCGAUUACGGCUAUGGGCGCCAACCAAGCCCCUUCGACGAUCACCACAAUGUCAAUAUGCCAAUGCAACAGCAGCCUACACACUACUAUGGCAGUCAAGAUUCCAUUCAAGAUGCCAGAUACGGCACCCACACCCCGAAUAGCCAUCUUCGGCUCAACACUGCUCAAUCCGUUGGCCAGACGCCGAGUCCCGGACCGUAUGUCCAACACCCACCACAACAAGAAUACAGCCACCUCGACCCAGAACAGCUACAUGACCAUGGUGAAUAUUUUGAUGGUUACAAUCAGGGCCAGCCUCAACAACAGCCGGCGUACGACGAUAACCAGCCCCUGAUACAUGAUCAGCAAGCGUACCACGAUGACCCUGCUCAUACGCCACAAACCCCGGCUGGAGGGAUUAAACGAUGGAAGACGGUCAAGCAGGUCUUGUUGUAUCGUGGUAAUCUGGUUUUGGACUGCCCUGUCCCGCCCGUUCUGCUGCAGCAAAACCCUCACGGCGAACGCGAUGAGUUUACCCACAUGCGAUACUCCGCCGCGACCUGCGAUCCGUCCGACUUUUAUAACGAAAACUUCACUCUUCGCCAGAAGCUAUUCAGCAAGCCUCGCCACACCGAACUCUUCAUCGUCGUUACCAUGUACAAUGAAGAUGACGUCUUGUUUGCUCGCACCAUGAUUGGCGUUUUCAAGAACAUCGAGUACAUGUGCAAUCGCCCCAACAGCAAAACCUGGGGCAAGGAUGCCUGGAAGAAGAUUGUCGUCUGCAUCGUGAGCGACGGCCGUGCCAAAAUCAACCCACGAACAAAGGCUAUCUUGUCUGGUAUGGGUGUUUACCAAGAGGGUAUUGCGAAACAGCAAGUCAACAAUAAAGACGUGACGGCGCAUAUCUACGAGUACACCACCCAAACGCAUCUUCAGCUUAAAAGCGAUGUCGUUUCUCUGGUCCACCGGCGACAGCCCGUGCAGCUGCUUUUCUGUCUCAAAGAGAAGAACCAAAAGAAAAUCAACUCGCAUCGGUGGUUCUUCCAGGCAUUUGGUCGAGUGUUGGAUCCCAAUAUCUGUGUUCUCAUUGACGCCGGCACACGCCCCGGAGGCAACUCGAUCUACCAUCUGUGGAAGGCAUUCGACUUGGAGCCCAUGUGUGGCGGUGCCUGUGGUGAAAUUAAGGCCAUGUUGGGUACUGGCGGCAAGAAUCUUCUUAACCCGCUUGUUGCGACACAAAACUUUGAGUACAAGAUGAGCAAUAUUCUCGACAAACCGCUUGAAUCGGCUUUUGGAUUCAUCUCCGUGUUGCCCGGUGCCUUCUCAGCGUAUCGAUACGUUGCCCUGCAGAACGACAAGAAUGGCCAGGGGCCACUGGAAAAGUAUUUCCUGGGCGAAACGCUGCACGGUGGCGCCAAGGCUGGCCUUUUCGAGUCAAACAUGUAUCUGGCUGAGGAUCGUAUUCUCUGCUUUGAACUAGUGACGAAGCGAAAUUGCCAUUGGAUUUUGCAGUAUGUGAAAUCUGCUACCGGAGAAACUGAUGUGCCAGACACGGUUACCGAACUCGUCCUUCAGCGUCGUCGGUGGCUGAAUGGUUCGUUUUUCGCCGCCAUUUACGCCAUUGCUCACUUUUACGAAUUCUUCCGAUCCGAUCACUCCUUCUUCCGAAAACUAGGCUUCUUUGUCGAAUUCGUCUUCAACACUGUCAACAUGAUCUUUGCCUGGUUUGCCAUUGGCAAUUUCUUCUUGGUCUUUAAAAUUCUUACUACUAGUCUUGGCUCCGACGAUCUACUGGGUAAAACUGGAGAGAUUCUCGGUGUAGUCUUCACCUGGCUCUAUGGCGUUUUCUUGAUUACCUGCUUUGUUUUAUCCAUGGGCAAUCGGCCAGCUGGUUCCGGUAGAUUAUACUCGGCCAUGGUAUGGUUCUGGGCUGGCAUCAUGAUAUAUCUGAUGUUUGCUGCCAUCUUCAUCGCGGUCAAAGCUAUCAUCAAGGACCUCAACAGCGGCACUGCUUUCAGUAUCAGCCAACUAUUCAAGAACCCCGUGUUUUAUACGCUCAUUAUAUCUGUCAUGUCCACAUUCGGUAUCUGGCUUAUCGCCUCGCUCAUCAUGUUCGACCCUUGGCACAUGAUUACCUCAUUCCUCCAGUACAUGCUGCUGACGCCUACGUACACGAAUGUCCUGAAUGUGUAUGCUUUCUGCAACACUCAUGACGUUUCAUGGGGAACAAAAGGUGAUGACAAAGUGGAAAAACUGCCAUCUGUGAACACCAAGGACGGACAGGGUAAGACGGAUCUGCCCGACGAGGGUGAUUUGAACGCCCAAUAUCAGCGAGAGGUUGCUCUCUUUAGCACCAAGUUCAAGGCAGUCAAGACAGCGCCAACUCCCGCGCAGCUACAAGAGAAGCAAAUGGAUUACUACCGAGGUGUUAGAACCGGUGUCGUGUUGAUUUGGAUGAUUACCAACUUUGCCUUGGCCGCGGUGGUUCUCAGUUCGGCUGGCCUGGAGAGGAUUACACCCGGAAAUGGCAACCCAGAACAGGAAGCAGUAGACCGAUCCAACAUUUACAUGACGAUUGUGCUGUGGAGUGUAGCGGUGCUUAGUGGUUUCAAGUUUUUGGGGGCCAUGUGGUUUUUGGUAGUCAGGAUGUUCAGAGGAGUCUAG